AUGGGCUGUGGGAUGAGUACGGAGGAGAAGGAAGGGAAGGAGAGGAAUGAGCAGAUCGAGAAUCAAUUGAAGCGCGACAAGCUAUCUCAACGGAAUGAGAUCAAGAUGCUUCUUCUCGGUGCCGGAGAGUCUGGCAAAUCUACAAUCCUCAAGCAGAUGAAACUCAUCCACGAAGGCAGCUAUUCGCGGGACGAGCGAGAGUCAUUCAAAGAGAUCAUCUACAGCAACACCGUCCAAUCGAUGCGCGUCAUACUAGAAGCUAUGGAAUCACUGGAGCUCCCUUUGGACGACCAGAGAACUGAGUACCACGUCCAAACCAUCUUCAUGCAGCCUGCACAAAUCGAGGGCGAGAGUUUGCCGCCGGAGGUUGGAAGUGCCAUAGAUGCUCUGUGGAAGGACGCCGGCGUUCAAGAAUGCUUCAAACGUUCAAGAGAGUACCAGCUCAACGAUUCGGCCAGAUAUUACUUCGACUCUAUCGGCCGGAUUGCCCAGCCCGACUAUCUACCGAAUGACCAAGAUGUUCUACGAUCUCGAGUGAAGACCACCGGUAUUACUGAAACAACUUUCAUCAUUGGCGAGCUUACCUACCGCAUGUUCGAUGUCGGAGGUCAGCGAUCCGAGCGGAAGAAAUGGAUCCACUGCUUCGAGAACGUCACGACCAUCCUUUUCCUCGUUGCCAUCUCCGAGUACGAUCAAUUGCUCUUCGAAGACGAGACCGUCAACCGAAUGCAAGAAGCUCUCACACUCUUUGACUCUAUCUGCAACUCCAGAUGGUUUGUCAAGACCUCAAUCAUCCUGUUUUUGAACAAGAUCGACAGGUUUAAAGAGAAACUCCCGGUGUCUCCCAUGAAGAACUAUUUUCCGGAUUAUGAAGGCAAGCUGAACCGAACUGGCAACAACGGCGCGGAGCAUCACAGAUCUAAUAUUGCUGAAGGUGGACCUGAUUAUGCUGCGGCCUGCGAUUAUAUCCUGAACCGAUUCGUUUCCCUGAACCAGCACGAGACGAAGCAGAUUUACACCCACUUCACCUGCGCUACCGAUACCACCCAGAUACGGUUUGUCAUGGCGGCUGUCAAUGGUAUGUUCAUCACCGCCUUACUUCCAUUCGAACCUGCUGAUGAUUGGCUACAGAUAUUAUUAUACAAGAGAACCUUCGUGAUUGUGCCUUCCUGGGCCAAUCAUGUGGCGGUAAUGAACGUAUUGACCGAUGUCCGCUUGAUUGUUUCGCCCUUGGUCAUUGUGGCACGGCUCAAAUCGGCAAGACCCAAGAAAAUCAUAUUGGCACUGUUUUUCAUGGCUCGUGUGUGGGAAAGCAUUGCCCGACCGGUCUAUUGUAGCAUGCUAACAUGGGAUAGUGUCGUGACAGCAGUUAUCUGCCAGGUCAUCUACCUCAAUCGCAUCAAGCCUUCAGGUGACUUGACCUUCGAGAUCUGGCCUGUGACACUCUGUUCGCAGAUAGUACAGUGUCUGAGUAUUCUGGCCACAUGCCUCGUUUAUCUGAGACCCUUCCUCGAUAGUCUGGAAACCGGAUUCAUUCAAGUUGGUGACCUGAGGCGACGACAUGUCUCAGGUUUUGGAUACAGGGCAGAAGCUGGCUCCAGAGGCCCAAGAGACAAAAAGUCAGGUGUGAGUUUCAGCAGUCUGAAAUCGAAGCUCUCGAGGGCACAGCCCCGGAAUGAAGACAUCGAGUUGCAAGACAAUGCGAGGACCAACCUCCAGGAUCUGGGUAACACUGCUUUUGUUGAUGCCGAGCAUCACGACUGGGACGCACACAGUCGAUCACACAUCUUACGGACCACGACGUUGACAGUUGAGGAGCGCUAUCGCGACAAUCAUUCUCUCACCACCUCACCGUCAGCUCAAUUUGUCCACUAUCCUAAAGGAUCUAGGUAG